UUGUCAGCACUGCAUUCUGGGUAAAGUGUCCCCGAAGUGUGAAGAGCGCAUGCGUGCGCCACCUCCUUCUUUUCGCCUCGUUGCCUCCGAGAAAGCAAGAUGGGUCACCAGCAGCUCUACUGGAGCCAUCCGAGGAAAUUCGGCCAGGGUUCUCGGUCUUGCCGCGUCUGCUCGAACCGGCACGGCCUGAUCCGGAAGUACGGCCUCAACAUGUGCCGCCAGUGCUUCCGCCAGUACGCCAAGGACAUCGGCUUCGUGAAGUUGGACUGAGUGACCUUCCACGAAUGCGUUAUCCGAGCCAUCUCCCGACGACAGAAAUGAUGCUAGUUAUUUGUACAUAAAAUAAAAAAAUACUUCAAUUAUGGGUGUUUUAACGUCAAUGGAAUAGUCAAUUGAUUAUGGAAAUCCUUUUAAAAUUUACUAUUUCUCAGUGGAUUUAUCUUCAAAUAUGUGGCUUAUGUUUUCUCAGGUAAAAGUAUUCAUGCUAAA